UACGUGAGCGGAGGGGAAGAUGAAGUGGCCGUUUUAGGUGCACUUUCUUUCAUUUUCCAGGAAAAUUGGCGGUUAAACCACUGGUGUAUUUGCAAUCAUGGGUUGUUGUGUAGGAUGAGAAGAAAAAUGGAAGGGGACAAGGCCGACAGGGUGAUUUAAGGGCUGAACUCUUGAGUGGGUCCAUUCCAUUGUUUCAAGAAUUUGUAUUCUUCCCAACCAUUUGAUGCCCAUUCCUUCUUCAAUCUCAUCAAACCCCUCUUCCACUGCGUGCGAUCGUCAAUCCCCAAUUUCCACCUCUCUCUGAUCAGCCCCAUCUCCGGCCAUGGUUUUAGAGGACCAUGAGAUGCCUAAGGGAUGGCCACUUGGGCUGGGAAACUUGAACAUGAGACUUCGGGUGGCUCACCGGUUACAGCCUGCCGGACCAGAGCCAUACUCCUUACACGCACCUUCGUCGAGUUUCUCCUCAUUUUCGUCUUCCAAUCUUGACACUGAGUUGCUUCUUUGUGAGAUCAACCAGUCCACAGCUUCUUUCUUCCAAGACCACAGCGUGUCGCUUGGCCGGCUAAUUGGAAUUCGAUCGAGGGAAAGAGGACCCUUGUACUUACCCAGCGCAAACCAGUUCGAGGAACAGCACGAUAGCCUAUCGGGGAGAACAUCGAGCUCAGAUAUCCAUGGCCAUGAUGGGGUAGAAGGAGGGGAAAUGUCGCGGGGAAUCUGUGUUCCUGUGUUGGUUAGCAUCCUAAUGAAGAUAAGCCGAAGCAGAAGCAACUCGAGGCAGUGAACUCAACAACCAAGGGAUUGUGUUCCAGAGGAAUAAGAUGCAAGAUCAUUCACCAUUGUGUUGUGUUGAUUUUUUGUACGAACUACUCGAUCGAUCUUCAUAAGUUUGCCUGGACGGCUCUUUCCAGUGUUGGGUUGGUUGCUUGCCUUGGUUACUGAUCGUUGAAUUGCUGCUAUUUCUUCUUCAUAAUCAAGAUUUCGCAGCAAGGUUUUGAUCUUCUUUUCUGCAUCAAAUACGUCAAACUACAUUGAUUUCAACUAUUUCAUCUUCUCAAGACCAACUGGCAUUGGCUAGUAGAAUCUAUUAUCAAUGUAUCCCAGGAAUACGUUGUAUUUUGACUUUCAAUAAUCAUUUAGAGUUCCCUGAUAGUUUAAUUUUA